AUGGAAACCCCAAACAACCAAACAACAAACCUUUUUAUACAAACGCCUUCACCUCUUUUACGACAAAAUUAUUUUAAUGGAUGUAACGAAUUUAAUAACCACACACCUUCAUCUUUGACCUUGACAUAUUCUGAUUUGCCAAUGUCACCAGAUAUAUUACGGCAGGAAGAAAAGAAAUUGGCGAUAAAGCGAAAGUUUAACCCCUUCGUUUUUGCAGAGGCACUACGUGACUUAAAAGAUGACGAAAAUUCAGAGUCAUCAAAGAAAUAUCGAGCUAAUUUUCCGUUUUCGGAAAAAAUUUUAACUAAAAGACAUCUAGAAUUUGAUGUGGAUUUAUCAGGAUGUAAGAAACGGCGGUCAACCGAUUUGGAAGGUAUCAGAAAAGCCAGCAAAGAUAUGAUUGACGAAUUCUUUAUGUCAUCGCCAUUCGUAACGGAUGAAAUUGAUGAAUUUUUCACGUCGCCGUCAAUUCCAAAGCCGGUCAAAAAUAGGAUUGUCGAUCUUAGAAAUAAGUUCACUACAUCAUUUGCUCAUAUAUUGAGCAAAGAGUAUUUCGAUUUGACAACUUUUGAGAAUAGAUAUAUCUUUGUCCAAAAAAAGUUAUCCAAUGAGAUAUAUUUUGAUAGUGAAUUUGUAAAUAAAGAAAAGAUCGGAGAAGGAGAAUUCUCCGAAGCUUAUAAGUGCACUGUUGAAAAAACGGGAAAUCUGUGCAUAGUGAAGAAGUCAAAGUUGCCAUUCAAAGGCCCUUUAGAUAGACAGGACCGACUUGAGGAGGUUAACAUUCAUUACAAAGCUGGUAAACACAAAAAUAUCGUUGAACUCACGGGUGCCUGGGAACAAAGGGGAUACCUUUAUUUGCAAAUUGAAUUAUGCGAGAAAGGCAGGCAAGCUUUCAUUUAUAUGCAUGGGAAGUCAAUCGUGCAUCUGGAUGUUAAGCCAGAGAAUAUCCUCAUAAAGAAAACGAACGCUCAAAAUAUAUACAAACUUGCCGAUUUUGGCUGUGCCACGUUACUUCCACCGAGAAAAUGUUUUGACAAGGAUGGCGAUCGACGUUAUAUAUCUAAUGACGCACUUAAUGGAACAUAUACACCUGGUGCUGAUUGCCUUGGGAUCACCGUUAUCGAGUUAGCUACACUCAGACAAAUGGAGGGAAAUGGUGAUAUUUAUCAACGACUUCGUGGGGGCGAUUUCGCUGAUUACAAGGAUCAAAUUUUAACAUAUAGUGAAAAAUUGAAGAAAGCCAUUAAAGUGAUGCUAUCACCUAACCAUAAGGAGCGCUAUAUUGACUCAUCUUUUGAGAUUUAA